AAGAAGUAGAGGUGCCUGGCGAGACGCACAAAAAGACAUCUGAUAAUAGGUCUUGGGAAGACAAGCACCGCAACCGAGAUCCGUGGUGAACCAAUUUUAAUUGGCUGACUACAAUGUCCAUGUCAACUCCGGCAAGAAUCUGCAUCAAUGUGCAUUGCAUAGCCCCGCUGGCAUGCUAGCCUAUUCGCAUACCCCCGAUGCCUUUUAAGUAUCAGUACGUGUAAUCGAAUCUCUGUCAAGCCAUGCCCAACAAUCGACUCGAACGUUCGGUCUACUUGAUUAUGAUGAUGUCCCUCGCUAUCGUAUCUAUUGCGCUUACUAGCAUCAUAUUCAAGUCAAUACUCUCAAAGGAAAACUUGAACACUCAGCAUCUCUCAAAAAUACGCGCAUCAAGGUGGCAGAAAAAUUUUACUUUCGUGGGCGACGAUUUUCCCGAGUCCCUAGUACCUGAUGCGGGCAAAGUGAGAUUCGUGGCAGAGGAAAGCGUACGAUUUGCGCUAGACCUUCCAGAGUCCGAGAUAGAAUGGCUUUCUACUUCUCCCCCAGGGACUGGACACGUAGUUCUGGGUGCAGAGAACAGGUCUUUCUUCGUGGCUAUGUUCCAUCAGCUUCACUGUCUCAGGCUCUUCCGAGCAGCUCUCGCAGGUGAAAAUGUCCAAGAGCAUACUCACCAUUGUCUUAAUUAUCUAAGGCAAUGGAUACUUUGCCAAGCCGAUCUGACCAUGGAGGCAGGAGAUUUUACAACACGAGACUUUGAACAAGACCGGGUUGGUGCUACACAUGUCUGCCGUGACUGGGGGAAGCUAUACGACAGUGUUGCUGUCAAUUGGGAAGAUCGGCAACGUGCUCCCAUCAGCAAUCGUACAGCACGAAUGGACGAAUUCCACCCCCUUUAGUAGAACUGUCGUAGUAGCGUAGGGCACUCAUCCCUGACUCGUGGUUGUUCGUUUUAGAUUUAUUCAUGACCUAUAGAUAUACUUGGAACUUACCAAACAUUGCGUGGAGCUUGCUUUGAGUUAGACAAUUUGCUCGCCUAGUCUCCAGUAAUUCAGAGAAUUCAACCACGGAAACGUGUGAUCAACAUCAUCAUCGCCCUCUGUAGAGAAAGAGACAUUCAGAGCACAAACAACCUCAUCAUCUUGGUUCCAGAGUACCUAACGCAAGCCAUUCGGACAAAGUAGCAUGC